UAUGGUAACUAGUGACGACCUUUUCACCGUGCUUGAUUGGCUGUUUACGUCCCCUUGUCAAAAGGCAAAACAACGGAGGUGAUGGCAGAUUCUGGAGCAAUGUGGAGGCCGCCCCGGACCUGCGAUGACUACUGGAGUGAAUUCAGACACUGCAAAAGCCUGUGGAACCGUUUCCAUAACUACUAUGCCCAUGGCACAUCCCCCUCCUGCGGGCAGUGGAAAGAAGACUACUACUCAUGUAGAGAGUGGGAGAAGAACCCAGGCCCAGAGACCAAGGAUGCUUUACAGCAGAGUGAGAGGAACCGGGAGGCGGAGCAGAGGAAGUUCACCCCUGUGUGGGACCUGAGACGAGAUCCGCCCAGAGAUUGGCACAUGCCCCUGCACCAGGGCAAGCCCCCAGAUUCCCAGUCCUAACCAUCCCCAGGGUCAACACUACCAUGGCCCUAAACAUGGGCAAACCAAUGUCAAUGUGGCAUCUGAGAUCUGUUUCGCUACAUAAACUUAACCAAAUCUUCUGGCUUCCCUCUCACUGUAGAGAUUGUGGCUAGGGAGCCAUGGUCCUGGGGGUUAUUCACAGCAAUCUAUUGACAACAUUGCAGCUAGAAUUUUAAAGUACAAGCAUUUUUUGGAACAAGUCAUAAUUGUUCAUGGCAGAAUGUAUGUUCUACACAAUGUAUUCUAUCUUGAUAUUCUUGAGCUUAACCAGCUGACUCUUACUGGUUCAGUUGAAACCAUGUUUAGAAAGGUGUUUUAGUGCUGGGCUUGGUUGGGGGAAAGCCUGCUCUCUUGUAACAAAACCACUCUGGCAUAGAUUUUCUUUCCGGAGGUGUCCAAUUCACUUCACUGGUAUUAGGGCGGUGUUCUCUACUGCUACAAAGUUCUACUCCGAUCAAAAACACAGUUAUUGAUAGUAAUAAGGUGCUGUACAUUCUUUCCAUACAUUAUACAAAUGAAAAUGUGUGUGUAUAUACUUUAUAUGUGCGUAUACUGGGAAAUAAUAUUUUUGGGAACAGCUAAAAGAGAUACUGGAUUGGGAAAAGGGUAAGCGCACCAUACAGUAUUCGGUCCCGCACCAGUGUUCUGACUGUUUUUGUCUAGUCAUUGUGUGGAAAGAGACUCAAAAUAGUGAGAGCUUGUAUGUUUCUCUACCUAUUGCAAUUGAGGCCAGUGUUUCUGUAACACCGUUACACAGGAUCUUUGCCUUUAUUAUUUCACAUACCUUAUCUACAGUGUUACAUAAAAAUGCAUUUCAAAUAAAACUAAUGUGAAUCCUUUAUUUCAA